AACAAAUCAGCCAUUUAAUACAGGACGCGUCCCAAUCUUCAUAAUAGGGCGCUCAAUUCUGGUAAUAUAGUACACUCUUUAGUACGGUAGUAUGCAGUUUUGGACGGAAGAACAGCUGAAACCCAAAUGCCUCCUUUUUUUUCUUCUAUAUAAGAGCACUACUUAGGGUUUAAGAUGAUGGCGUCUAUGCUGUAUGUAGUGCACUACAUUCCUGACAGUAGGCGGUUUGGACGCGGCCAGGCUGCUGUCAUCAGGGAGGAAGUUUUUGUGCGCUACAAGUUAGUUAGUCAGUUGGAGGAUUUACCUGCAGAGGAACUACAUUACUUUACUUGCUUUUGUGAAAGAACCAGUCGAUGUGAAAAUGAGACAGUUGCAUGAUAACUCUUCAGUUCAUUAGAGGAACUGGCAACAGGGAAGAGGAUUAGUGGCGGCGCUCUCUCUCUCUCUCUCUCUCUCUCUCUCUCUCUCACUCUCUCUCUCACACACACACACACCCACACACACACACACUAUCACAAAUCCGUAUCACAAGAGAAGUUGUGUCUCAAUGGAAGCUGAAGCAUUAGUGAUCCUGUGACGCCUCUAAAACCUGCAGAAGGAGAGAAGAUGGAGAACAAUGGCUUUUGUAAUGACAAAUACGGCAAUGAAAGCAGUGAUGAUGACCUGGUUGACGUCAGUGCCAGUGCUCAGGAUCUCCUGGAAGAUCUGCCUUACGAUGAGCAGUACUAUGGUCAAGGCUACAGUACAGGAGGCCGAGGACAGAAUGGCACUGCUAAGCUGCUGGAUCUGUUAGACGAUGGGUUGCACGGGUUGGGAACGUACGAUGAUUUCAACACCAUCGACUGGGUGAGGGAGAAAUCCAAGGACCGAGACCGUCACAGAGAGAUCAGCAAGAAGAAGAGGCAGUCUGUACUGGAUCUUCUCUUGAGUGUGAGUGAUGCUUUCUCAGGCUGGCUCCUCAUGCUCCUCAUCGGCCUCAUGUCUGGAGCAUUAGCUGGAGGCAUAGACAUCGCAACUCACUGGCUAACAGACCUGAAAGAGGGUAUAUGUAUGAACGGCUUCUGGUUCAACCACGAGCACUGCUGUUGGGACUCCAAAGAGACCACCUUCCAGGAGAGAGAAAAAUGUCCAAACUGGAAGAGCUGGGCCGAGCUCACGGUGGGAGUCAAUGAGGGGGCGAGUGCCUAUGUGGUGAACUAUCUGAUGUAUGUGAGCUGGGCUCUGCUCUUCUCCUACCUGGCUGUGGUCAUCGUCAGAGCCUUCGCCCCAUACGCCUGUGGCUCAGGAAUCCCUGAGAUAAAGACUAUCCUAAGUGGGUUUAUAAUCCGGGGCUACUUAGGAAAGUGGACUCUAGUGAUAAAAACGAUCACUCUGGUGCUGGCCGUGUCUUCAGGGCUCAGUCUGGGGAAAGAGGGCCCGCUGGUGCAUGUGGCCUGCUGCUGUGGAAACAUCCUCUGCCAUCUUUUCACCAAGUACCGCAAGAACGAGGCCAAGAGGAGGGAGGUCUUGUCAGCAGCCUCCGCUGUGGGCGUGUCUGUAGCAUUUGGAGCUCCUAUAGGAGGCGUGCUCUUCAGUCUGGAAGAGGUCAGCUACUACUUCCCCUUAAAGACAAUGUGGCGUUCAUUCUUCGCCGCUCUGGUGGCCGCCUUCACCCUACGCUCAAUCAAUCCCUUUGGCAACAGCCAACUCGUCCUCUUCUACGUGGAGUUCCACAACCCAUGGCACUUACUGGAGCUCUUCCCUUUUGUUUUGCUUGGUAUUUUCGGUGGCCUUUGGGGGGCAUUUUUCAUCCGUGCCAACAUGGCCUGGUGUAGAUGGAGAAAGAACACGCGUCUGGGUCAAUACUCUGUGUUGGAAGUGGUGCUGGUGGCACUGGCUACAGCGCUGUUGGCCUUUCCAAAUGACUACACACGCAUGAGUGGCAGUCAACUCAUCUCCGAGCUGUUCAAUGACUGCAGUCUGCUUGACUCUUCCCAGCUGUGUGACUACACCUCUCAAGUGAAGGGUGGAGCAAUGAAUGGUAACUUAAGUCACGGUGCUAACUUCAGCAACCGCCUGUCUGAGCGGGCAGCUGGGCCUGGAGUGUACACGGCCAUCUGGCAGCUGGCACUAGCAAUUGUCUUUAAGACGCUGACCACUGUGGUUACGUUUGGCAUGAAGGUGCCUUCUGGUCUAUUUAUUCCCAGCAUGGCGGUGGGGGCAAUAGCAGGCAGACUGCUGGGCAUCGGCAUGGAGCAGCUGGCAUUCUACCACCACGACUGGUCCAUCUUCAGCGGCUGUUGCAUUACGCCAGGCCUUUACGCCAUGCUCGGGGCUGCAGCAUGUCUGGGUGGUGUAACUCGGAUGACGGUGUCUCUGGUGGUCAUCAUGUUUGAGCUGACCGGAGGACUGGAGUAUAUCGUGCCCCUCAUGGCAGCUACUAUGACCAGUAAGUGGGUGGCGGAUGCGCUAGGCAGAGAGGGCAUCUACGAGGCACACAUCCGGCUGAACGGCUACCCUUUCCUCGAGCCCAAGGAAGAGUUUGAGCACAAGACCCUGGCCAUGGAUGUAAUGCGUCCACGGCACUCUGAUCCUCCACUUUCUGUCCUCACGCAAAGCGGCAUGAGCGUGGACCAGGUGGAGGCCGUGAUAGCUGAUACGUCAUACAGCGGUUUCCCCAUAGUCGUGUCCCAGGAGAGUCCAAGGCUGGUGGGCUUUGUGCUGCGGCGGGACCUGGUAAUAUCAAUAGAUAACGCACGGCGCUGCCAGGAGGGCAUCGUGGGAGCAUCGCAGGUCCUCUUCACCGAACAGACUUCGACUCCUGUUGGCCCUCCUCCACUCAGUCUGCGCAGCAUCAUAGACCUCAGUCCACUAGCCAUCACUGACCACACACCCAUUGACAUCACAGUGGACAUCUUCCGCAAGCUCGGAUUACGUCAAUGCCUCGUCACACAGAACGGGCGUUUGUUGGGGAUUAUCACUAAGAAGGACAUUUUGAAGCACAUGGCCCAGAUGACAAACAGAGACCCCGAGUCCAUUCUUUUCAACUGAGAACCUGUUCCACCCCACUCAGCAGGAGAGACAUUAAAUCCCAUUCCAUCACAUGGACACACUUCCCAGACUGGAUCAUCCCAAUUACUUGGUGGAAAGUGUGUGAGUGUGUGUGUGAGUGUGUGUGAGUGUGUGUGUGAGUGUGUGUGUGAGUGUGUGUGAGUGUGUGUGUGAGUGUGUGUGUGAGUGUGUGUGUGAGUGUGUGUGUGAGUGUGUGUGUGAGUGUGUGUGUGAGUGUGUGUGUGAGUGUGUGUGUGAGUGUGUGUGUGAGUGUGUGUGAGUGUGUGUGAGUGAAGGAGAAUGUUUUCUGUGACUGUCCUGCGGCUUUGGCGUAGAUAGAGAAGCGGAGUUGGGCGACAUGCCUGGACGGGAAGUCCUGUCUUCCAGGGGAUCUGACUUUACAGCUUACCCUGAAGCUGUCACACACUCCACUGCUGCCUACUGCACACACACACAAGCGCACCACUGAUCCACAUCUUCCUUGGAAGACUGUCACAAAGACAUUCCUGUGAACACUGACUUUGAACUUUGCCUUUUUUUUAAUCCUGCAUAUGUCAUUCCUGGAUUCUCUUUGAGGGAAGCCAUGGCAAGUGAAGGGCAUUUUUGGAACGUCAUGCAUUUGGCUCUCUCUCUCUCUCUCUCUCUCUCUCUCUCUCUCUCUCUCUCUCUCUCUCUCUCACUCUGUCUCUCUCUCUCACUCUGUCUCUCUCUCUCACUCUAGCUGACAUGCCUGAACUUGCCCAGGUCAGACAAUCACUGUGGGAAGUAGAUGGGAGAUGAGACGAGAGUGUAUCAUGUUAAAAAGUCACACACUCUGUCUUCCUCAAACUCAGCCACCCUGUCAGACGCUCACGCAGAUAAAAGCCAGAGACAGUGUUGUGUUCGAGCUUGGUAGAAUCGAAGUGUUAAUUUAAAGUGUCAGCGUCUGAAUGUUAACGAUCGAAUGUAACUUGAAAUUGAGCAGCCAUUGCUGUUCUGUAUGCUGAAGGGAAUUAUAUAAGCCACUGUGGUCAACUUUAUAUGUUGCAUCAUUCAGAAAGAUCUUUUGAGGAGAUACUCUGCGAGGAUCUCUUAGCAUCUGCCAUUCAGCUCGGAUUAUUUUACAAAGUUGGUCAGUUUGUGUAAAGUGUGUUAACAGUCGGUAUGUCCUGCAAUAUCCUUUAGAUCAUGUUGGGAUUUCUACCAUUUUGUAGCAAAGUAUACUAGAGAACAUUUCUUGCACUGUGUAAAUAUGAGCAGCCACAGAAUAUCCACAGUAUGUUUCUUGUGUUUUAUGGACAUGGGGGUUCACCAGUGGACCUGUGUUGUCUUUCCCAGCCCAGGCCAGUAGAGGUCACUAUCUCUCUCACGAUCUCACACAGCUGCACUGUGACUAUUCUGAUCCUUUUUGGCGAGCUUUCCUUCUCUUCUCAUGACUGCUCACGUGCCCUUGUGUUAGCGAGUUACAUGUCUCUGUCUCACUCCAGAGAACUGAAGUUUAAGGGAGUCGAAGUUUGUCCCUUCUGCGCCGCUUAUCUUCCUGUGCUGCCCUCUGAGCGUGAUCGUCUCAUCUUGGGUGUAUCCUCCAUACUCUGUUUAUCUCGUUUGCAUUCAUUAUGACCCUGGACAACCUUGGUUGAGCAUCAUGUCUUUCCGUUCCCUCCUUUUGUUUUAGUGGUUGUGACAAUCCAAUAAUGACCUAAGACGAGGCUCCUCCCAAAGGAAGCGUAGGCGGAGUGCGGGAGAGCUCCCUGGCCUUUAUUUACUCUACUCCCCGUCCUCGGCACACUCACGCCACUUCUAUUGUACUUGCAUGUUUAUCUACCUUAACAUGAUGUUAAAAGCAUGUUAGUCCUUUCAAAUGCAUUCCGCGGCCACUUCUACUCUCUCUUUCUUUCCCUAAUAUUCCCGCGAGCAGGAGCGAGGGCGCGGAGGUCGGAGAAGGCUAUUGUUCCCACUCAUGCUCGUCUGGGCUAGUGGUCGCCAGGAUGUUCACCGACGGCAUUUCCCUGCCGCCCGGCCCUCUUCCACUCUUAGAGAGCCAAUUUCCGUACAACAACAGCCAAUUCUGCAUUAUUGUAAUAUAAUAGAGGCGUGGAACGAAACGAUCUCUGCCUCCGCUGAUUGAAAGUAAAUGUUUGUGUGCGCGCUUGCAAGGUGCGCGGGAAUGAGAGAUUAAUCCUUUCUUUUCUGACCCCCUGAGAAAACAAGGCGAGAGUUGCUGGGAGAGGCUAGAGAGGAGGUUAAUUAAACAGCGUGGCCGGGUCACAUUCACAAAGGUCCCUUUUUGUGGCAUCAGGGUUAUGAGAGAGAGAGAGAUUUGGCUUGUUGGCUUGCUCAUUGCUGCUGGGUUACCGAGUGUCCAAGCUCUCUGUUGUAAUCCAACCCUUGAUUGGCUUUAAGGGCUCGGUCCAGGGCUGAAUGAAAUGUCAUCUAGAGCAGGACAUACCACAGACCCCCCCCCAAUCCCCAACCCUCCGCCUGCCUUCUCUCCUCCUCCCCGUUCUUAUCUGUACCAAGCUGCACACCACCCUGUGGAAGAAUGUUCGACUUAGUGCUUUAUCCAGCUGUGGUUAUUAACCACCUGCCAAAAAAGCACUUUUGUAUAACAAAUGUGCCAUUCAAACCCAGGAAAACAAACAAAGAAGGAAAAAAAAGGCUUGUUUUCAAGGCGCUUGUUUGAAAAGACGCCUGUUCUUGCUCUGAGAGCAGCAGUGACAGGUGGAGACAUGGCAAACAAAUUGUCGUUGCAAACACAAGACCAAAUGCUUGUGUGUUGCGUCUGAAGCGCUGAAGAUGCAGAUUCUGGAGCGAGCAGUAUACAGAGACUCCACCUUGCAGAUGGAUACACCUCUCAGAGUUACUGGACCAUCAGUAGGUUUGUUUUAUCCAUGCACACGGCCGAACACAGACCUGCUUCCCAUCCGAGCAUUAAUACCGUUUCAGUUUAAAGGUGAACGAGAACACUGAGUCCUCACAGUGUUCACAGUAGUAUUAUUCUGGGAAAUCGGUCCACAAAGAACCUGAAGGUCAGUGUAAUGCAUUCUUUAGGACCUUUACACAAAAUGGAUUUCUAACUUUAUUUAUUUUGUAAAAUGCUGACUGCACUGUGGAAUUUGUAAUCAAAAGAGUAAAUGUGAAGCGUUUCGAUUCUGGCCUAUGUGUUCUUUUGGGGUGUGUGUAUGUGCAUGGUCAAGUAUGUGAGGAAUCAGGAAUGCUUGGUGUUUUGUUUCAGUCAAUCAAAAACUUGUUGAAGAAAUGAAAUAGACUGUAAUAUUGACAUUAACUCAUGUUUCUGCUCCAAGGAAAAUCCCCAAAAUUGUCAGCGCACUUCUGGCCAAUUGCAAAUUGGCCCCAUAUGCCGCUCUGUAAAAUAUGCAUUAUUUAAAGCAAAUUGCAGAGCACAUCCUACAAAGGAUUACAGCUCUGGCUUCAGUCCAGAAAUACCUCCUGUCAACCCCCGCAUCUCCUCC